CAAACUUCGAUAAUUGUUUCGACAAAACGUGAUCAUUAUAAGUUUAUGGUGUAAUAAUCGUUUUAUGUAUUCAUAUUUUUCAUAUUUUAUUAACAAUAGUAUUCAAAACAAAAAGCAAUAUGAUAUUAGAUUUUAUUUGAUUAUUAAAGUCUCUUCACUCCUGUGAUGCAUUAUUGUUUUAAAAGGAAAAAACUAUUAAUUUUAGGUUAAUUUCAUUAUCUCAAUGUAAAAAUUAAUAUUGAACAAGAAAAUAAUUUAAUUUAAUGAUGUUUAUAUAAAAAUAUGUAAAUCUAAUAUUUUUAAUGGAGAAAAUGGGUGAUAAAUUGGAAAAUAUUAAUCCCAAAUUAUAUAAAAAAAUAGAUGAAAGACAAAUUACGGCAGAAGAUGAAAAUGAAGAUAUUGUAGAUGAAUUUGAUGCGCGAGAAAUUUUUGAUAUGAUUAGAAACAUUAAUGAUCCUGAACAUCCUUUAACUUUGGAAGAAUUGAAUGUGGUAGAACAAAGUCUUAUUGAGAUUGAUAAUAAGGCAAACAUAGUUCAUGUAAAAUUUACACCAACAAUACCACAUUGUAGUAUGGCAACAUUAAUUGGCUUAUCAAUUAGAGUACAAUUAUUGCGAGUUUUACCCUCAAGAUUUAAAGUUAGUGUUGAAAUUACUCCGGGUACUCAUAUAUCAGAGACAGCAGUAAAUAAACAAUUGGCUGAUAAAGAAAGAGUAGCAGCUGCUCUUGAAAACAAUCAUCUACUUGAAGUAAUUAAUCAAUGUGUUGAUAUAAAAUUUUAAUAUUAAAAAAAUAUAUAAAUACUAAUAUCUGUAGAUUUAAAAGGUAUUAUAUAAUUCAUUAUUUUCUUAUUUAUUGAAUUAAAUGUUGAAUUAUUACAGGAGAUUUAUUACAAUUAAAUCUACAAUUAAUUAAAUAAAAAAAUGUUAUAUAUAAGAUUUUGUACAUAAAAUAUUAUUUUUUCACUGCUGACAUUGAUGUUGAUGUUUGUUUUGAUAAAUUUACCACUGGAUUAUAUUUAAAUGUCUUCUUCAAAGGACCUUUAGCUUCCUUAUUAAAUUGUAUCUUAUCAGCAUGUUUUAGAGAUGAUAAUCUAUUAGAUAUUUUCAUGUUAGUGUAAGCUGAAAAAAA